AAAUUAAAAAGCAAUUAAGCUAAAAAGUAAAAACCCUAAGAAUUGGGAAAGUGGGAAACAAAUGCAAAACCCAGAAAACCAACAGAACUGCAGAAGAAUAGAUCUUCUCUUUCAUCUCUUCGUCUACCUCAUCUCCUCUGUUGAUUGCCAAUCACCUCCUCCUUACUUCACUGAAUUGAAACAGCAAAGCAGAAAAAAAGUUACACUGUUACAGAACAGAUCAUCUCCCCCAUCGCUGCCCUCCUUCUCUUCCUCAUCUCCUUUGUCACUGCCCUUCUUCUCUUGCGCCACCGAACAGAAGCAGCAACAGAAAUCAGAAUCUUCCUCGUCCACUAAACAGCAACUGCCUUCUACUCCUCAUCUCCUCUACUGCUGCCUUCUUCUCCUGCUCCAUCGACCAAAAGUAGCAGCAGAAAUCAGAAUUUUCCUCAUCUCCUCUGCAGCAUCUCUCCUCUGUUAACAUUUAUUUUUGUUAUGGAUUUGGUUUGAGAUUUUUUUUUUAUAUAUUCAAGACUUAUUAUUUUGUAGUGGAUUUGUGGUUUUGAUUUGAGAUUUUCUUUUAUAUUUAGUAUUUAUUUUGUAAUAAAUUUAGUUUAAGAUU